UCACACAUCUCUUAAAGCUACUUUUCUCCUCCCUCUUUUUUUUUUAGUUUAAAUAUUUUUAUUUAUUUUGGAUAGAGACAGAAAUUGAGAGGGAAAGAGAAGUAGAGAAGGGGAAGAGAGAGGCACCUGCUGCCCUGUUUGACCCUGUGUUGUGAAGUCUUCUCCCUGCAAGUGGGGGAAAUACGCUUGAGUUUGAGUUCUUGUAAACUGUGGUGUGUGCGCUCAACCAGGAGCGCCACCACGUGUUCUCAUCUCACUCAGAGAAACAGGAGGAGGGGGAAAAAAAGAAAAAAAAGACAAUUUCCUUUCAGUGCCAGGCACCAAAAGCUUUUGACAGCUCUCUUGGAGCCUGGGCUCAAGACAGACACCCUACCCUGUGAGCUCUCUCUCCCCCUCCAGCUCUAUUUCUUGGUAGUGUCAGCGCCUGGAAAUGCCAAUGGAGCAGAAUAAACAUGCCGCAGCACAGAAGGCCCAGGCCGCUGGUGGAGCCCCGUGCUGCGCCCCAUUCCCGGGCCACGCCAGCUUCCGGGGCGCGCGGGCACUGCCGGGAGCGCCCGCUCACUUCCGCUGGGCCUCAGCGCCACUGCCGCCGGUGAGCAUUCAGUCUCCCCGAGCUGGAAUUGUGGGGUUACUUUCCGGUGACAGGUGAGCUGCUCCUACAGCCAGAAAGCCGAAGGGGACGACAAUAAAAGUGCUCAUGGUUUCAGCUUCGGCCUAAGAGUGAGAUCAUCCCAUAUUCAUCCUUCUGUUUCUGACUUAUUUCACUCAACAUGAUUUUUUCAAGGUCCAUCCAAGAUCGGCUGAAAAUGAUCUUACUAGAUGAAUUUGCUGAUUGUCAAAAGAAUUAGAAACCUAUGGGAAGGAAUGCUGAAGUUCUCCUUAUAGUAGCUGCUCAAUACAUCUUUGCCAAAGAAGAAAAUAAAUCCCAAGACACCACUAACCUAAGUGAUGGGAUUUGAUUCCACAAAGUAAAUUGUCUUUGAGAAGAUGGCUGCUUACAUACACAUCCUUAUCAGCAAUGUACAAGAGAUCCUUUUGCUUUGCACUUUUAAUAAGACGUAUUUCCGGUCUUUCUGAGGUCUCAGGGAUAUCUGAAAAUGACCGAGAUUGAACAGGCCGAGGCCCAGCUCUCCGAGUUAGACCUGCUAGCCAGUAUGUUCCCAGGUGAGAAUGAACUCCUAAUGAAUGACCAGCUGGCUCUAGCGGAACUGAAAGAUUGUAUUGAAAAGAGGUCAAUGGAGGGACGAUCUUCCAAAGUGUACUUUACAAUCAACAUAAGCCUGGAUAUGUCUGAGGAGGCAAUGGUGAUGUUUUCACUGGCUUGUAUCCUUCCCUUCAAAUACCCUGAAGUCCUGCCUGAGAUUACAGUCAGAUCGGUAUUACUGAGUAGAUCACAACAGAAUCAGCUAAACACAGAUCUGACAGAAUACCUGCAAAAGACUUGUCUCGGUGAUGUCUGCAUAUUGAAUGCCACCGAGUGGGUGAGAGAACAUGGCUCUGACUACAUCAGCAGAGACACCACGCCUUCCCCCGUCACGGCCACUGCAGUCCAGCCAGGCGACCUCUUUCUCACGCGACUCUGGAUCUACAGCCAUCACAUAUAUAACAAAUGCAAAAGAAAGAGCAUUGUCGAGUGGGCCAAGGAGCUUUCCCUCACUGGGUUCAGCAUGCCUGGUAAACCUGGUGUGGUUUGUGUCGAAGGCCCACAAAGUGCCUGUGAAGAAUUUUGGUCAAGGCUCAGAAAAUUAAACUGGAAGAGAAUUUUAAUCCGCCACCGAGAGGAUAUUCCUUUUGAUGGUGUGAAUGAUGAGAUGGAAAGACAUAAAAAGUUUUCAAUGUUUGAAGAAAAAGUCUUCAGUGUCAACGGAGCCAGAGGAAACCACAUGGACUUUGGUCAGCUGUAUCAGUUUUUAAAUCUUAAAGGGUGUGCAGAUGUUUUUCAGAUGUUCUUUGGUGUGGAAGGACAAUGAACAAGAGGAGUAGUGAAAAGUAACUUGUGUGUCUUGGCCUUAUGAUUUCCCCAACUCUUCCCUAAAAUAUUAAGUGAUUUUACUUAUUGUUGGGGAAUUGGACCUGGGACUCUGGAGCCUGAGGCUUGAGAGUCCUUUUGCAUAACCAUUAUGCUAUCUGCCCACCCAUGACUUUACUUUUGUCCCAUUCCAGAACAUUUGGGUGGGUGGGGGAGGCAAAGUAUCUGCGACAUUUGAAAUGUGUCAAUAACAUUUAAUA